UGGAGGAAGUGCAACUAAAGUGUGUAACUUAGCUAGGAAAAAGCUCCAUACGUUAACCUCCAAAGAGUCGUCCUGAAUUAUUUUAGUUAUAUGGGUGCAUUUUCAUUGCAAGCAGUUCUUGUAGCGUUGCUGCUAGAGCCGGUUAACUUAGCCGACGCGUUAACUGUUUCAAAUUAGCCACAUGCUAAGCUAGCAAAUGUCAACAAUUCAGUGCAGCGUAAGCUGCUAGGAGUUUGGGUGUUUGUGGAGAAACGCUUAAGGAAGCUCAGCAUGAAGACCAACAAGUCAUACAAGCUAGUGCUGCACAAGAAAGGGUUUGGUGGGAGCGAUGACGAGUUGGUUGUCAACUCAAAAGUUUUCCCUCAAGUCAGCUUAGGGGAUAUAAUUGAGAUUGCACAUCCAACAGAUGAAUACAGUCCUCUCCUACUACAAGUGAAGAGUCUGAAAGAGGAUCUGCAGAAAGAGACAAUCAGUGUGGACCAGACUGUAGCACAAGCCUUCAAGCUCCGUGCAUACCAAGAUGUUAUUGUUAACAUUGUUGACCCUAAGGAUGUAACACUGGACCUGGUGGAGCUGACAUUCAAGGACCAGUACAUCGGCAGAGGAGAUAUGUGGAGACUAAAGAAGAGUCUGGUGAGCACAUGUGCUUAUGUGACCCAGAAGGUGGAGUUUGCAGGAAUACGAGCUCAAGCUAGUGAACUCUGGGUAAAAGGAGAGAAAGUGACCUGUGGGUACAUCAGUGAAGAGACCAGGGUGGUGUUCAGAUCCACAUCUGCAAUGGUGUACAUCUUCAUCCAGAUGAGCUGUGAGAUGUGGGACUUUGACAUCUAUGGUGAUCUCUACUUUGAGAAGGCUGUAAAUGGUUUCCUGUCUGACCUUUUUGCUAAGUGGAAGGAAAAGAACUGCAGUCACGAGGUGACAGUUGUACUUUUUUCACGUACAUUCUACAAUGCUAAAAACAUAGAGGAAUUUCCAGAGAUUCUGAGAGGAUCCAUCAGACAGGAUCAUGAGGGACGCUACUAUGAAGAUUUCUACAGGGUGGUGGCUCAAAAUGAGAGACGGGAUGAGUGGACAUCAUUACUAGUCACCAUCAAAAAGCUGUUCAUCCAGUAUCCUGUCCUGGUGCGCCUGAAAGAAGCAGAUGGCUUUCCUGUGGGGUAUAACUCCACUGCAGCUCAAGGAAACUACCUAGAGGCCAUUAACCUUUCCUUCAAUGUGUUUGACAAGCACUAUAUCAACCGUAACUUUGACCGCACUGGUCAGAUGUCAGUGGUCAUUACACCUGGGGUGGGAGUGUUCGAAGUAGAUCGGCUUCUUAUGAUUCUCACCAAGCAGCGUAUGAUUGACAAUGGUAUUGGAGUAGACUUGGUGUGUAUGGGGGAGCAGCCACUGCACGCAGUACCCUUAUUUAAGCUGCAUAACAGGACAACGCCCGGAGACUCUCGAGUGGGAGAUGACUAUAACCUGCCUCACUGGAUCAACCAUAGCUUCUACACCUCCAAAAGUCAGAACUCUUGUAGCUCCUUUACCCCUCGAAUCAAACUGGCAGGCCGUAAGCUUCAUGCUGAAAAAUUCAAGAGCAGCAAAGACCACACUCUCUGUUCGCUGAAGGACUCAGACAACAGCCUGCCUAUACAGGUGGACUAUGAUGCCUAUGAUGCUCAAGUCUUCCGACUUCCAGGUCCUUCAAGAAUUCAGAGGAGCACCAACUUCAGGAUGGGUCGAGACAAAGAGACGAGCGGGAGGAAAAGUUGGGGCUCAGUGGACGUCAGCACAGGCAUAGGUGCUUCUCCUCCUAUUCGAUCUGGAGGUCCUGAUGAACAGCGUAGCUUGGCCUCUGAUGACAGCCUUGGCCCUGUAUCCAACAUGCUGCUAAUACCCCGGGUGCCUCCUGCUCAGUAUGAAGUCAGUAGUUCUUUGGGAUACACCAGCACCAGAGAGUUACUAGAGAAGAUGAUGGACUCUCAGCGGGACUCCAGCGCCCCAGGCAGGUUCACGGUGGGGAGUGCUGAGUCCACCCUGCAUAUACGUCCAGGAGGUUACACCCCUCAGAGAGCACUCAUAAACCCCUUCACCCCAUCCAGGAUGCCUAUGAAGCUCACCUCAAACCGCCGGCGGUGGAUGCACACGUUCCCUGUUGGUCCUUCUGGAGAGGCAAUCCAGAUCCACCACCAGACCAGACAGAACAUGGCUGAACUACAAGGCAGCCAGCAGAGAGAUCCUGCCCACACAUCUGCAGAGCUGCUGGAGCUGGCAUAUCACGAGGCCACUGGAAGGCGAACAACCUCUAGGCAAGCAGGAGAGAAUGGCCUUUACAUUGGUGGAGGGAUGGAAGAGUUCACUGGAAGUCCAGGGAGCAACAACAGUGGAACUCACACCAACCGUAGCUCUUCAUUUCAAGAUGCUUCUCCUGGCGGUACCGAUCCAACCCUGCUGCUGUCUGCACCCCCGACAGUGCCCAGCUUUUGCUGCACAGUGGGGGUGGACUGGAAGUCUCUGACGACACCGGCCUGCCUCCCCCUCACCACCGACUACUUCCCUGACCGCCAGACUCUGCAGAACGACUACACCGAGGGCUGCUAUGACCUGCUGCCUCACAGUGACCUUGAGAGACGAGAAGAUGAAGCUCCAGUGAUGAGUGCAUCUCAAGUGUUUGAGGAGUUUAUCUGUCAGAGGUUGAUGCAGGGCUACCAGAUCAUCGUCCAGCCCAAUAACAGGAAACCACAGCCCGCUGUGGCCACACCCCUUGGUAGUAGUCCUCUUUACUCCAGAGGUCUUGUGUCUCUUCGUCGAGCAGAGGAAGAGGAGACAGUUUACUGGCUCAGCAUGGGCCGGACCUUCCAUAAAGUGUGCCUCAAAGACAAGAUAAUCACUGUCACACGCUACCUGCCAAAAUACCCAUAUGAGUCGGCUCAGAUCCAGUACAGCUACAGCCUAUGUCCUCCACACUCAGAUGCUCAGUUUGUUUCAUGCUGGGUGGAGUUUGGACACGAGAGACUGGAGGAAUACAAGUGGAACUACUUGGACCAGUACAUCUGCUCUGCUGGCUCUGAGGAUUUCAGCUUGAUAGACUCUCUGAAGUUCUGGAGGACCCGUUUCCUCCUGCUGCCGGCCGGAGGAGCUCGGCGGGUGGCAGAUGGAGAGGGUCACUGGGAUGUGUACGGUGACGGAGCGGGUGCUGGGAUGGCUUCCAGUGGGGACUGGGUCUUGCUGGACGGCUUCAUUCGCUUCCUGGAGGGCCUCAAUCGCAUUCGCAGACGCCAUCGCUCUGACAGGAUCAUCAGGCAGAAGGGCACACCAAUGAAAGGACUGCAGGUUACCAGUCCUAUCCCUCCGUACCCUACCGAGCCCGUGGUGCCACCACAAGGAAAGAAAGGAACGUCUGCUUUAUCAGCCCUGCUGGAGAUGGAGCAGAACCACAAGACGCUGGAGGACCAGCAGCAGCAGGCAAAGCCCUCUGCAGCUGUCACUGACCCCUCAAGUAUUUCCACAACUUCGACAUAUGUGGACAGUCCUCGCAAGGACGCUGCCUUUAUUUUGGAUUUUAUUCGUAGCCCUCGUUCCUCCUACAUCUAUCACUCUCAGUUGGCUGCUGAAACCACUGAGGCUGCAGAUAAAGGAGUCCAGUCUGGAGUGGUGGCUGGAUCAGUGCCACAGCCUGCAGGAGAAACUGCAGCCAUCAGCACAGAUCCCAGUGGGCAGUCUGCAGUGGGGGCCCUCUCUCUGUCCUCUUCCUCAACACUGUUGGAGAUCUUGGAAGCCAUCAAACAUCCCACGACGGGUGUACAGCUGCUCCCAGAACAGAAGGGCCUACCACUCAACUGCUUCAUCAGUGCUGAGGUUGUCCAUUGGCUGGUCAACAAUGUAGAGGGCGUGGCCACACAGGGAAUGGCCGUUGAUGUCAUGCAAAAAAUGCUGGAUGAAGGUUUGGUGACCCAUGCUUCAGGAGACGCCAUGCGCACCUUUGUCUAUGGCUUCUACUUCUAUAGAAUAGUAGGAGAUAAGGAUGAGGUUUCCUCUGCAGCGCUGACCUCCCAGCUCUCCACUCCCGCGGCUGGAGGCUGGUCAGCCGCAGCCCUGGAGGACUUCGCCCUGUUCCAGAGGAAGUGGUUUGAAGUGGCCUUUGUGCUGGAGGAGCGGCGACCCUGUGACCUGCCGGCGUUCCUCCUGCCCUGGCUGCCCAGCCGGCCAGCCUCCUAUGCAAGUAGGCACAGCUCCUUCAGCCGCAGCUUUGGAGGACGCAGCCAGGCCGCCGCACUGCUAGCUGCUACAGUUCCAGAGCAGAAGACCGUCACACUGGACGUGGACGUCAACAACCGCAGUGACCGAACCGAAUGGUGCAGCUGUUAUUACCACGGCAACUUCUCCCUCAACGCUGCCUUUGAGAUCAAGCUGCACUGGAUGGCUGUCACUGCUGCUGUGCUCUUUGAGAUGGUUCAAGGGUGGCACAGGAAAGCAGCCUCCUGUGGCUUCCUGUUGGUUCCCGUGCUGGAGGUUCCCUUCGCUCUGACGUCAUACCUGUAUGGAGACCCACUGAGGGCCCAUCUCUUCAUCCCUCUGAACAUCCAGUGCCUGGUGAAGAACAGCAAUGACAACCUGUUUGAAGGUUUUGAGCCAGAGACGUACUGGGACCGGAUGCAGCUCUUUCAGGAGGCCAUACUCUACAGAUUUGGCUUUGUCCACGACAAGUUUUCUGCUUCUACUUUUAAUUUUCCCUCCGAGAAUAAGCCUCAGUACAUCCACGUCACAGGCACCGUGUUCCUGCAGCUGCCCUACUCUAAGAGGAAGUAUUCUAGCGGACAGCAGCGCCGCCGCAGGAACUCCACCACUUCUAACAGCCAGGGCCCGUUUGGAGGCGAGGAGAGGGUGGGCUACUACUGGGCCUACAACACCAUGCUGACCAAAUCCUGGAGGACCGGAGUGCUGGGUGACGAGAAGCUGGCCGACCGUCUGCUCAGAGACUUCACGGACUUCUGCACCAACAAAGACAACAGACUGCUGAACUUCUGGGACAGCUGCCAGGACAAAAUGAACGCCAGUGCCCCCUGACAGGAGGACUGAAUGUAUCUGCUACGUAUUUAUCCUACAGCACGUUGAACAGUGUUGAUGCUCCUCUCAGACACUGAACUUCACACUGGACUGUGGACUGGAAGGCUACACACACACACAUCACUGCUGCUGCUGUUCAGUGUCCAGCUGAUGAAAACAACAGCACAAGCUGAAUAUCAGACAGUAAUAAAAAAAAAUGUUAAAAAGAAGUAUUAAGUUUCAUGAUUUUUUUUUUUUAAUAAAUGAAAGUACUUUUACUAAUUGAAAUUUUAUUUCAGCUUUUAAAUGAACCUUCCGCUUGUUUAUUUUCCUCACAUUUGCCCAGUCUCCAAAUACUUGCUGACCUUUUGUAGCCUGCUACUUUAUUUUCUUUUGAAGUUCUGACAACCACCACUAAUGUCACAAUAACAGGACAGCCUUCAGCUCCAAGUGAAGUCCAGCUUCCAGCAACUCAACUAGCUCACGGUGUGAUGUAGCAGCAGCUGCAUCUUGCUGUGGGGAAAUCCACUGAAUGCAACAAUACAGAUGAUUCAGUUAAUAAAUGAUGAUUUAUUGUG